AUGGCACCGCCAUUCUCCAGCUUUCGGACGUUUCUCUCGCAAGGGCGGAAAGCGCUCCUCCCCAGCGGCGAUGCCAUCUCGAAGAUUCCUCUGGUGGACAUGCUGGCACAUACUUGGCACCUCGGUCUUACAGCGUUCGGUGGCCCUACAGUCCAUUUCCAGAUCUUCCGCGAUCUCUUCGUCGAAAAGUACCAAUGGCUGGACCACACUGCUUACGAUGAGCUAUUCGGCCUAUGCCAAGCGUUGUCUGGUCCAGCAAGUACGAAGAUGCUCUACAUCAUCAAUGUUAUGCACUAUGGUCUGGCGACGGGUGUGGCGGCCUUCUUUGUCUGGAGCUUGCCAAUGGCACUGGCAUCCUUUGGCUUGGCCUUGGGCAUCAGUCAAGUGGCUCCGGCUUAUGCUUUGCUCAGCGGGCUUAACUCAGCGACUGUUGGUAUCAUUGCUUUGGCAGCUGUGCAGUUGAGUCAGAAGGCUAUCACUGAUACAUGGACCCGUAUCCUAGUCUUCCUGGGUGCAACAGCAGGAAUGCUGUACAAUGCGCUGUGCUACUUUCCAGUGCUUAUGGUCGCUGCCGGGCUAGUCACAGUCGUUUGGGAUAGUCGAGUCAUUUCGCGUGUAUGGCAUAGGCUGCAGAAAAAGCGGCGUCAGGACGAGACCUCAGGAUCAGGGGACAACGCUGCGCCUGCCGAUGGCCUCGAUAACGUGAACGCAAACACUAGACCCUCCUCGCUUCGUUCCAGAACGGCUCAAUCACCAUUCGAGGAUCGCGAGGAUGCCAUCACAGAACCACCGGCCUCAAGCCGCUUGAGACAAUGGAAGACCGGAGUCGUAAUCAUCGUAGCAUUCUUCCUCUCCUUCGCCAUCGUCAUGAUCUGCCGCGGUACCCUGAACAACCCUGGCCGCGGCUUCGAUCUCUUCGCCAAUCUCUACCUCGCAGGCACCAUCAUCUUCGGUGGCGGUCCAGUGGUCAUUCCACUCCUUCGAGCAUACAUUGUAACACCAGGCUGGGUCUCAUCACGAGACUUUCUCCUCGGCCUCGCUAUAACUCAAGCAUUCCCUGGUCCGAAUUUCAACUUCGCUGUUUACCUAGGAACCCUCGCCGUGCAAGGUAGUAGCAUCCCUCCCGUGAUUGGCGGCAUCAUUGCUUUCCUGGCCAUCUUCACACCGGGACUAUGGUUACAGACGGGGCUCUGGAGUUUGUGGCAGAGUAUCAGGAAAGUGCAGGCUAUUAGGUCUUGCUUGACGGGUAUACAUGCUGCAGCUGUGGGACUGGUGUUCACUGCGGUGUAUCGGCUCUUUGAGAUUGGGUAUCUGGAUGCUGAGGUACGCAAUGGUGGUAGCUUGAGCAGAGAUCCGUGGUGGGUUGUGAUUGUUGCGACGGCGUUUGUGGGAGGGAUGCACUUCAAGGUACCGCCGCCUGUGGCGAUCUUGCUGGGAGCUGCGAUGGGGUUGGUAUGGUAUGGUGUUACGAAAGCUUGA